CUCAGAACAUAAAAUGUAUAUGACAGACAAUGAACUGGCGUGAACUGGACAUCAAAUUGCCAAAUUAAAGUGAAAAGAGAAGAUUUUAAAAAUAAUGAACAAACAACACUGUGACCUCUGACAUUUAAAUCAAUGUCAAGUUUAAAAUUAACACAUAAACAGUGCUAGCAGACCUUAAAAAGAAAGUUAUGACAGUAAAUUUGGACCAAACUUACGGGUAAUACUCAAGAGAGUGAUCUAGUGCUGAUUGCAGUUUUGAAGACGCCAAACGUCAGGAUUUUAGUACUUUUAGUAAAAACCAAAUGAAAAAAAAGUUACCUGCGCUCUUUCCACAUCCCUAUGUAUUUUUAAACAAAUGGAGGUUUUUAGUUACCACCAAUGGCCAUGAGAGUGUAUGCCCACCUGCCACGUCAAGGCAGACCUCUUAGGUGGGUCCUAACUCUAACCAUUCACCUUGCUUCCUUGAGCUUUUGGCAAAGAUAUCUCUAAUGAGACAGAAAGGGGUAUUCAUUAUAUACAUCCCUACAUACUUAUUAACCCUUAAUAGGGAACACAUGGGAUGGGCAGCAGCAUAGUAACCUAAUGGUGUGAUACAAAAGUGAAUACAAAUACAAAGAAACAAGUCUUUAGCGCAGGACUUGUUUCUUUGUAUUUUAGUGCUUUUAGCACAUUGCGCACAUUGAGUAGAUGAUCAGAUUGCAUACUGAGCUCUCACUGAAUAAAAAAUAACUAAUUGAUUUGUCUGGAUCCAACAUCAUAUGUGGAUGUAAGAUAUUAAUAAAGACACAUUUUACAUAUUACUUUUUGUCUAUUUGAAUUCCUGUUUACAUAGUGUAAUAGCCAUAUAAAAAGACAGAUAUAUUAAUAAUCCAGACACAGUGAUGUGUGAUGACACCCAACUGAAUUCCAGUUCUACAUGGUGCGAGUUCACGGAUGUCCACAGGUCAAAAUCUACAGAGAUCCUUCUGCCAAAACAUCUAAAGAACCUUCUUCCCAUCUUGAAAGGAAGGCCUCGUGAGUUAUAAAUACAAACCUCUAAUAUGAAACCAGAGCUACAUGGCUCAUCAGUAUACACCUCUCAUAUGAAACCAGAGCCAAGUGGGUUAGUAACUCAUGAGGUUCCAAGUCUUUGUCCAGUCACCAUAUAAGGUUCUGUGCAUCUGUCUACUCACUAUACUACAUUUUAAGUUCUAUCCAAUCAGUGCAUGAGGUUCUUUUAAAGGUCACUUUACAAAGUUCUUUGUCUUUGGUUUUUCACUACAAAUGGUCCAUGUUUCUACUCGCUAACAAUAAAAUAUUUAGUUUUUGCCUGAUAACUAUAGAGGGUCACGCUGUCCAGUCGCUAUACAAGGUUCCAUGUCUGCGUCCAGUCACAAUCACAAGGAUCAAUGUCUGCGUCCAGUCACAAUCACAAGGUUCAAUGUCUGCGUCCAGUCACAAUCACAAGGUUCAUGUCAAGGUAUCAUGUCUGCGUCCAGUCACAAUCACAAGGUUCCAUGUCUCUGUCCAGUCACAAUCACAAGGGUCCAUGCCUGCAUCCAGUCACAAUCACAAGGUUCUAUGUCUGCAUCCAGUCACAAUCACAAGGUUUCGUGUCUCUGUCCAGUCACAAUCACAAGGUUCCGUGUCUCUACAAUAACAAGGUUUCUUGCCUGCGUCCAGUCACAAGGUUCCAUGGCUCUGUCUAGUCAAAAUCACAAGGUUCCAUGUCUGCGUCCAGUCACAAUCACAAGGUACCAUGUCUGGGUCCAGUCACAAUCACAAGGUUCCAUGUCUGGGUCCAGUCACAAUCACAAGGUUCCAUGUCUGGGUUCAGUCACAAUCACAAGGUUCCAAGUCUGCGUCCAAUCACAAGGUUCCAAGUCUGCGUCCAAUCACAAUCACAAGGUUCCAUGUUUGCGUCCAGUCACAAUCACAAGAUUCCGUGUCUCUGUCCAGUCACAAGGUUCCAUGUCUGCGUCCAGUCGCAAUCACAAGGUACCAUGUCUGCAUCCAGUCACAAUCACAAGGUUCCAUGUUUGAGUCUAGUCACAAUCACAAGGUUCCACGUCUGCGUCCAGCCACAAUCACAAGGUUCCACAUCUGCGUCCAGUCACAAUCACAAGAUUUCAUGUCUCUGUCCAGUCACAAUCACAAGGGUCCAUGCCUACAUCCAGUCACAAUCACAAGGUUCCAUAUCUGCGUCCAGUCACAAUCACAAGAUUUCAUGUCUCUGUCCAGUCACAAUCACAAGGGUCCAUGCCUGCAUCCAGUCACAAUCACAAGGUUCCAUGUCUGCGUCCAGUCACAAUCACAAGGUUCCAUGUCUGCGUCCAGUCACAAUCACAAGGUUCCAUGUCUGAUUCCAGUCGCAAUCACAAGGUUAACAAGGUUCCAUGUCUCUGUUCAGUCACAAUCACAAGGUUCGAUGUCUGCGUCCAGCCACAAUCACAAGGUUCCAUGUCCGCUUCCAGUCACAAUCACAAGGUUCCAUGUCUGCGUCCAGUCACAAUCACAAGGUUCCAUGUUUGAGUCUAGUUACAAUCACAAGGUUCCACGUCUGCGUCCAGCCACAAUCACAAGGUUCCACAUCUGCGUCCAGUCACAAUAACAAGAUUUCAUGUCUCUGUCCAGUCACAAUCACAAGGGUCCAUGCCUGCAUCCAGUCACAAUCACAAGGUUCCAUAUCUGCGUCCAGUCACAAUCACAAGGUACCAUGUCUGGGUCCAAUCACAAUCACAAGGUCCCAUGUCUGCGUCCAAUCACAAUCACAAGGUCCCAUGUCUGCGUCCAAUCACAAUCACAAGGUCCCAUGUCUGCGUCCAAUCACAAUCACAAGGUCCCAUGUCUGCGUCCAAUCACAAUCACAAGGUUCCAUGUCUGCAUCCAGUCACAAUCACAAGGUUCCAUGUCUGCAUCCAGUCACAAUCACAAGGUUCCAUGUCUGAUUCCAGUCACAAUCACAAGGUUCCAUGUCUGAUUCCAGUCACAAUCACAAGGUUCCGUGUCUGCUUCCAGUCACAAUCACAAGGUUCCAUGUCUCUGUCCAGUCACAAUCACAAGGUUCCAUGUCUGCGUCCAGCCACAAUCACAGGGUUCCACAUCUGCGUCCAGUAACUAUCACAAGAUUCCAUGUCUCUGUCUAGUCACAAUCAUAAGGUUCCAUGGCUGCGUCCAGUCACAAUCACAAGGGUCCAUGCCUGCAUCCAGUCACAAUCACAAGGUUCCAUGUCUGCAUCCAGUCACAAUCACAAGGUUCCGUGUCUCUGUCCAGUCAAAAUCACAAGGUUCAAUGUCUCUGUCCAGUCACAAUCACAAGGUACAAUGUCUCUGUCCAGUCACAAUCACAAGGUACAAUGUCUGCGUCCAGUCACAAUCACAAGGUUCCGUGUCUCUGUUCAGUCACAAUCACAAGGUUCAGUGUUUACGUCCAGCCACAAUCACAAGGUUCCAUGUCUGCUUCCAGUCACAAUCACAAGGUUCCACGCCUGCGUCCAGUCACAAGGCUCCAUGUCUCUGUAUAGUCAAAAUCACAAUGUUGCAUGUCUCUGUCCAGUCACAAGCACAAGAUUCCAUGUCUGGGUCCAGUCACAAUCACAAGGUUCAAUGUCUGCGUCCAGUCACAAUCACAAGGUUCCAUGUCCGAGUCCAGCCACAGGUUCAGUGUCUGCGUCCAGUCACAAUCACAAGGUUUCGUGUCUGCGUCCAGUCACAAUCACAAAGUACUAUGUCUGGGUCCAGUCACAGUCACAAGGUUCCAUGUCUGCGUCCAAUCACAAUCACAAGGUCCCAUGUCUGCGUACAAUCACAAGGUCCCAUGUCUGCGUCCAAUCACAAUCACAAGGUCCCAUGUCUGCGUCCAAUCACAAUCACAAGGUCCCAUGUCUGCAUCCAGUCACAAUCACAAGGUUCCAUGUCUGCAUCCAGUCACAAUCACAAGGUUCCAUGUCUCUGUCCAGUCACAAGCACAAGAUUCCAUGUCUGCAUCCAGUCACAAUCACAAGGUUCAAUGUCUGCGUCCAGUCACAAUCACAAGGUUCCAUGUCCGAGUCCAGCCACAGGUUCAGUGUCUGCGUCCAGUCAUAAUCACAAGGUUUCGUGUCUGCGUCCAGUCACAAUCACAAAGUACUAUGUCUGGGUCCAGUCACAAUCACAAGGUUCCAGGUCUGCAUCCAGUCACAAGGUUCCAUGUCUGCAGCCAAUCACAAGGUUCCAUGUCUGCGUCCAGUCACAAUCACAAGGUUCCAUGUCUGCGUCCAGUCGCAAUCACAAGGUUCCGUGUCUGAUUCCAGUUGCAAUCACAAGGUUCUGUGUCUGCUUCCAGUCACAAUCACAAGGUUCCGUGUCUCUGUCCAGUCACAAGGUUCCAUGUCUGAUUCCAGUCGCAAUCACAAGGUUCACUGUCUGCGUCCAGUCACAAUCACAAGGGUCCACAUCCUCGUCCAGUCACAAUCACAAGAUUCCAUGUCUCUGUCCAGUCACAAUCACAAGGUUCCGUGUCUCUGUCCAGUCACAAGGUUCCAUGGCUGCGUCCAGUCACAAUCACAAGGUUCCAUAUCUGCAUCCAGUCACAAUCACAAGGUUCCAUAUCUGCAUCCAGUCACAAUCACAAGGUUUCGUGUCUCUGUCCAGUCACAAUCACAAGAUUCAAUGUCUCUGCCCAGUCACAAUCACAAGGUACAAUGUCUGCGUCCAGUCACAAUCACAAGGUUCCGUGUCUCUGUCCAGUCACAAUCACAAGGUUCCAUGUCUCUGUCCAGUCAGAAUCAUAAGGUUCCAUGUCUCUGUCCAGUCACAAUCACAAGGGUCCAUGCCUGCAUCCAGUCACAAUCACAAAGUUCCAUGUCUGCAUCCAGUCACAAUCACAAGGUUCCAUGUCUCUCUCCAGUCAGAAUCAUAAGGUUCCAUGUCUCUGUCCAGUCAGAAUCAUAAGGUUCCAUGGCUGCGUCCAGUCACAAUCACAAGGGUCCAUGCCUGCAUCCAGUCACAAUCACAAAGUUCCAUGUCUGCAUCCAGUCACAAUCACAAGGUUCCGUGUCUGCAUCCAGUCACAAUCACAAGGUUCCGUGUCUGCAUCCAGUCACAAUCACAAGGUUCCGUGUCUCUGUCCAGUCACAAUCACAAGGUACAAUGUCUGCGUCCAGUCACAAUCACAAGGUACAAUGUCUGCGUCCAGUCACAAUCACAAGGUUCCAUGUCUCUGUCUAGUCACAAUCAUAAGGUUCCAUGGCUGCGUCCAGUCACAAUCACAAGGGUCCAUGCCUGCAUCCAGUCACAAUCACAAGGUUCCAUGUCUGCAUCCAGUCACAAUCACAAGGUUCCGUGUCUCUGUCCAGUCAAAAUCACAAGGUUCAAUGUCUCUGUCCAGUCACAAUCACAAGGUACAAUGUCUCUGUCCAGUCACAAUCACAAGGUACAAUGUCUGCGUCCAGUCACAAUCACAAGGUUCCGUGUCUCUGUUCAGUCACAAUCACAAGGUUCAGUGUUUACGUCCAGCCACAAUCACAAGGUUCCAUGUCUGCUUCCAGUCACAAUCACAAGGUUCCACGCCUGCGUCCAGUCACAAGGCUCCAUGUCUCUGUAUAGUCAAAAUCACAAUGUUGCAUGUCUCUGUCCAGUCACAAGCACAAGAUUCCAUGUCUGGGUCCAGUCACAAUCACAAGGUUCAAUGUCUGCGUCCAGUCACAAUCACAAGGUUCCAUGUCCGAGUCCAGCCACAGGUUCAGUGUCUGCGUCCAGUCACAAUCACAAGGUUUCGUGUCUGCGUCCAGUCACAAUCACAAAGUACUAUGUCUGGGUCCAGUCACAGUCACAAGGUUCCAUGUCUGCGUCCAAUCACAAUCACAAGGUCCCAUGUCUGCGUACAAUCACAAGGUCCCAUGUCUGCGUCCAAUCACAAUCACAAGGUCCCAUGUCUGCGUCCAAUCACAAUCACAAGGUCCCAUGUCUGCAUCCAGUCACAAUCACAAGGUUCCAUGUCUGCAUCCAGUCACAAUCACAAGGUUCCAUGUCUCUGUCCAGUCACAAGCACAAGAUUCCAUGUCUGCAUCCAGUCACAAUCACAAGGUUCAAUGUCUGCGUCCAGUCACAAUCACAAGGUUCCAUGUCCGAGUCCAGCCACAGGUUCAGUGUCUGCGUCCAGUCAUAAUCACAAGGUUUCGUGUCUGCGUCCAGUCACAAUCACAAAGUACUAUGUCUGGGUCCAGUCACAAUCACAAGGUUCCAGGUCUGCAUCCAGUCACAAGGUUCCAUGUCUGCAGCCAAUCACAAGGUUCCAUGUCUGCGUCCAGUCACAAUCACAAGGUUCCAUGUCUGCGUCCAGUCGCAAUCACAAGGUUCUGUGUCUGAUUCCAGUCGCAAUCACAAGGUUCUGUGUCUGCUUCCAGUCGCAAUCACAAGGUUCUGUGUCUGCUUCCAGUCACAAUCACAAGGUUCCGUGUCUCUGUCCAGUCACAAGGUUCCAUGUCUGAUUCCAGUCGCAAUCACAAGGUUCACUGUCUGCGUCCAGUCACAAUCACAAGGGUCCACAUCCUCGUCCAGUCACAAUCACAAGAUUCCAUGUCUCUGUCCAGUCACAAUCACAAGGUUCCGUGUCUCUGUCCAGUCACAAGGUUCCAUGGCUGCGUCCAGUCACAAUCACAAGGUUCCAUAUCUGCAUCCAGUCACAAUCACAAGGUUCCAUAUCUGCAUCCAGUCACAAUCACAAGGUUUCGUGUCUCUGUCCAGUCACAAUCACAAGAUUCAAUGUCUCUGCCCAGUCACAAUCACAAGGUACAAUGUCUGCGUCCAGUCACAAUCACAAGGUUCCGUGUCUCUGUCCAGUCACAAUCACAAGGUUCCAUGUCUCUGUCCAGUCAGAAUCAUAAGGUUCCAUGUCUCUGUCCAGUCACAAUCACAAGGGUCCAUGCCUGCAUCCAGUCACAAUCACAAAGUUCCAUGUCUGCAUCCAGUCACAAUCACAAGGUUCCAUGUCUCUCUCCAGUCAGAAUCAUAAGGUUCCAUGUCUCUGUCCAGUCAGAAUCAUAAGGUUCCAUGGCUGCGUCCAGUCACAAUCACAAGGGUCCAUACCUGCAUCCAGUCACAAUCACAAAGUUCCAUGUCUGCAUCCAGUCACAAUCACAAGGUUCCGUGUCUGCAUCCAGUCACAAUCACAAGGUUCCGUGUCUGCAUCCAGUCACAAUCACAAGGUUCCGUGUCUCUGUCCAGUCACAAUCACAAGGUACAAUGUCUCUGUCCAGUCACAAUCACAAGGUACAAUGUCUGCGUCCAGUCACAAUCACAAGGUUCCGUGUCUCUGUUCAGUCACAAUCACAAGGUUCAGUGUUUACGUCCAGCCACAAUCACAAGGUUCCAUGUCUGCUUCCAGUCACAAUCACAAGGUUCCAUGCCUGCGUCCAGUCACAAGGUUCCAUGUCUUUGUAUAGUCAAAAUCACAAUUUUCCAUGUCUCUGUCCAGUCACAAGCACAAGAUUCCAUGUCUGCGUCCAGUCACAAUCACAAGGUUCCAUGUCCGAGUCCAGCCACAGGUUCAGUGUCUGCGUCCAGUCACAAUCACAAGCUUCCGUGUCUGCGUCCAGUCACAAUCACAAAGUACUAUGUCUGGGUCCAGUCACAAUCACAAGGUUCAAUGUCUGCGUCCAGUCACAAUCACAAGGUUCCAUGUCUGAGUCCAGCCACAGGUUCAGUGUCUGCGUCCAGUCACAAUCAUAAGGUUUCGUGUCUGCGUCCAGUCACAAUCACAAAGUACUAUGUCUGGGUCCAGUCACAAUCACAAGGUUCCAGGUCUGCAUCCAGUCACAAGGUUCCAUGUCUGCAGCCAAUCACAAGGUUCCAUGUCUGCGUCCAGUCACAAUCACAAGGUUCCAUGUCUGCGUCCAGUCACAAUCACAAGGUUCCAUGUCUGAUUCCAGUCGCAAUCACAAGGUUCUGUGUCUGCUUCCAGUCACAAUCACAAGGUUCCGUGUCUCUGUCCAGUCACAAGGUUCCAUGUCUGCAUCCAGCCACAAUCACAAGGUUCCACAUCUGCGUCCAGUCACAAUCACAAGAUUCCAUGUCUCUGUCCAGUCACAAUCACAAGGUUCCGUGUCUCUGUCCAGUCACAAGGUUCCAUGGCUGCGUCCAGUCACAAUCACAAGGUUCCAUAUCUGCAUCCAGUCACAAUCACAAGGUUCCAUAUCUGCAUCCAGUCACACCGCUGGGCAGUUUCUGUCUCGCCCCGCCAAGCAAUUACAAGUGAUCUACUGCUCCUGGGUUCAGUCAGCAAUCAAGGCAAAGGCCGUUCAAGGCCUGCUGCUACCUCCUCAAGGUUCCGUGUUCCUGCACCAGUCACAUCAUAAGCCCAGUGUUCGCGCCCCUGUUACAAUCACAAGGUUCAGGCUCAAGGCCCAGCUACAAUCAAGGUUCCAUGCCCGUGUCAAGUUACAAUCACUAGGUUCCAUGUGUCUGUCCAGUCAGGACCAAGGCAGUUCCAUGUCUCUGUCCAGUCACAAUCACAAGGUUCCAUGUCUCUGUCCAGUCACAAUCACAAGGUUCCAUGUCUCUGUCCAGUCACAAUCACAAGGUUCCAUGUCUCUGUCCAGUCACAAUCACAAGGUUCCAUGUCUCUGUCCAGUCACAAUCAUAAGGUUCCAUGUCUCUGUCCAGUCAGAAUCAUAAGGUUCCAUGGCUGCGUCCAGUCACAAUCACAAGGGUCCAUGCCUGCAUCCAGUCACAAUCACAAAGUUCCAUGUCUGCAUCCAGUCACAAUCACAAGGUUCCAUGUCUCUGUCCAGUCAGAAUCAUAAGGUUCCAUGUCUCUGUCCAGUCAGAAUCAUAAGGUUCCAUGGCUGCGUCCAGUCACAAUCACAAGGGUCCAUGCCUGCAUCCAGUCACAAUCACAAAGUUCCAUGUCUGCAUCCAGUCACAAUCACAAGGUUCUGUGUCUGCAUCCAGUCACAAUCACAAGGUUCCGUGUCUCUGUCCAGUCACAAUCACAAGGUUCCAUGCCUGCGUCCAG